AUGGUCUGGACACUGCUGGGCCUUUAUCUUCUCUCUUGCCUUCCAUCCAUCGCGUACGCCCAAACUUCAAAGGCGGUUUGUUUGCCAUAUUACACUUGGAUAAACAAUUCGCAGGGAAAGACUCCAUGCGAAGUCGCAGCCUCUUUGCAAUCAGUCUGCAGCGAAGACGGCAUUUUCGAAGUCCUCCCACUGGCCGAAGAUCAACAUUAUCCAGGCCCAACAUUGGUCGCGAAUGCAAACACAUGGGAAGACAGUGAGAAGGUCAGUCUUACAGCGACCUACGUCUACUUUAAUUCGGACAAGCUCGGAAUUUUAGGUGGAGCGAAUGGUCCGCCAAUUGUCCUCAAGUUCCCUGAGUCACUGCCUGAGGGUGUUCUUGUCCCUGCUUGGGCGUAUCAAGACGUUACUGAAAGCGAUACAUUCGACCAGUUCUUAGCCAGGGAGAAUGCCAACGCAACAGAAUCUUCGGCGGUGUCAGCGCCUGCCCCAGCAGAAACGCUUGUGAAUGGAAAGCUUGGCCCUGAAACCUCCAUUAAAACGGAGCCUGAGGCUGUUGAACCGACCACAACGCCUGAGGGUGAAGCCAAGCCCGCAAGCGAUGCUUCCGAAAAAGAAAAGGCUGGUCAAAUGUCUUAUGCGAAUAAAGUCGGUGGGGCGGUUACAGGCGCGCUGCUCGGGAUCCUCCUCGUCGCCUUGGUUGCCUUUCUGGUUAUUCGUCGCCGCCGUGCACGCCGAUUACGUGUCGGGGAAUUCUUCAACGAUACACGAUCGCGCUCAGAGACUCAGCCUCAUGACGAGAAGGGUCCUAUUGGGAAAGUGGGAGGUGGUGGUCAUCCUACGAUCCAAGUAUCCGGCGCUGAUUAUUCCUAA